GCAUGGCUCUGCUGUCGGGAGAGUGAGUGCGGGGACAAAGCAGCGGCGUUCACUUGUGACUGCACCUUCAUCACCUUCAUCACCUUCAUCACAACCAGCACCGCUGUCAUCUUCAUCUUCAUCUUCACCAGCCUCGGUGAAGGACUCGGGAGGAUGGACAUAGAGCAGAGGACGAAUGGGUUCGACUACCCGGAAAGAAACAACAGCAAGUCCGUCAACGGUUUUUACACAGAGCAGAUGCUGGAGUCUGAACACAACGGCAGCAUGGAUGCAAUCAAUGAAAGUAAUCUAGAUGAUCCAGCUGACCAGCGUACUUGCCUUAUCUGUGGAGACCGUGCCACAGGUUUGCACUAUGGCAUCAUCUCGUGUGAAGGCUGCAAGGGCUUCUUCAAGCGCAGCAUCUGCAACAAGCGUGUGUACCGCUGCAGCCGCGACAAGAACUGCGAGAUGUCACGCAAACAGCGCAACCGCUGCCAGUACUGCCGUCUGCUCAAGUGUCUGCAAAUGGGGAUGAACCGCAAAGCGAUCAGGGAGGAUGGAAUGCCUGGAGGGAGGAACAAAAGCAUCGGGCCUGUUCAGAUCACAGAAGAGGAGAUAGAGCGGAUCAUGUCAGGACAGGAGUUUAAGGAGGACGCCCCAGACCACACCUGGGGUAACAACGGUGACAGCGACCACAGCUCCCCCAGCAACGGAGCCUCUGAGGGCAACCAGCCAUCGCCUGCCUCCACUCUGUCAUCCAACCGCUCUGUGGAAAUGAAUGGCUACACAGCGGCCCUCAGGGACCAUUACAUCAACACCUCCAUGUCCACACACUACCAGCUCCUGCCUCACCUGUUCAGCUACGCCGCUCAGUCCGGCCUGCUGGCCCCGCAGCCCCGCAGCCUCUACCCACAGUCCCACCCACUGGUGCUGCAGCUGGUGGCGGCCGAAGACCUGGCCCCGCUGGCCACGCCCAUGCUCAUCGAGGACGGCUACAAAGUGACACAGGUGGAGCUGUUCGCUCUGCUGUGUCGCCUGGCAGAUGAGCUGCUCUUCCGCCAGAUCUCCUGGAUCAAGAAGCUGCCGUUCUUCUGCGAGCUCUCCAUAGAGGACUACACCUGCCUGCUCAGCUCCACCUGGCAGGAGCUGAUCCUGCUCUCCUGCCUGACUAUCUACAGUGCCCAGAUCUUUGGUGACCUGGCCGACAUCACUGCCAAGUACACGCCGACUGAUGAUGAGCUGCAGGGCUUCAGUGAGGAUGGCAUGGAGGUCAUGGAGAGGUUGAUAUAUUUGUUCCGCAAGUUCCACCAACUGAAGAUCAGUAAUGAGGAGUACGCCUGUAUGAAAGCCAUCAACUUCCUCAACCAAGAUAUCAGAGGACUGUCCAACACCUCCCAGCUCGAGCAGCUGAACAAGCGCUACUGGUAUGUGUGUCAGGACUACACGGAGUACAAGUACCCACACCAGCCCAAGCGCUUCCCUGAGAUCAUGAUGUGUCUGCCGGAGAUCCGCUGCAUUGCAGGCAAGUUGGUGAAUGUUCCUCUGGAGCAGCUCCCGCUAUUGUUCAAAGCAGUCUUGCACUCCUGCAAAUCCAGCCUGACCAGCUACAGGACUGGCCCGUUGCCCAGCAUAACCACCUCUGCCGGAAACUAGGACCCAAACCCAAACCCCCCACGACCCCCGCCUGUUGGGGG